UAUAUUUUCCUUUGGAGCACUAUAUGCCAGCCAAUUCCAUGGUUUCAGCGAAUUUAAGUUCGUAGCUUAUACCGUGAUUGCAGUGUGAACUGCGUACAUGGAUUUUGCAUAAAGUUCACUACUUUGCAACUUGAAAACCCAAUAAGCUCUAGCUAGCACUUGUCUAAACUAAUAGACCGUGAGAAAGAGACGAAGAAAAAGAAAGAGUAGCUUGUUUUUGGGUUGACGGGAAUAAUUAAAGUAGAAACAUCAAUACAGGAGAUUUUUCUAUUGGUUUCGAUUACAGUUUCGGGUAGAUUGGGUGAUUUCUGAGGUGGGUUUUGAAGGGUUUGGCUUAAAAAGUUGUAGAUCAUCGUGAGUUCCUGUUGCAAUGCAGACUCUUAAGUACUCUGGAGAACAAGGGUUAGAAUUAGGAAGGAUGACAGAGCACAAAAGGAGCCCCUGUUCUGUUGAGCAAAGCAGUCUCACUUCUCUUGCAUCCAAACGACAUAAGGCUGAUCUGUCUGCUAAGGAGAGGAAGGAGAAGCUCGGGGAGCGAAUUGUGGCUCUACAACAGCUUGUUUCACCAUAUGGGAAGACAGAUACAGCUUCUGUCCUUUCAGAGGCAAUGGAAUACAUACAGUUCCUUCAUGAACAAGUUAAGGUGUUAAGUGCUCCGUAUCUCCAAAGUAACCGAAGUAUAAUGCAGGACUUAGGACCAAACAGUUUGAGAAGCAGAGGUUUAUGUCUCGUUCCCAUUUCAUGCACUGCGGGAGUUGCUCAAAGCAAUGGCGCCGAUAUAUGGGCCCCCAUCAAGACAACUUCUCCCAGAUUUGAGAAGGCUAUUUCUCAAUUCCUUUGAGACCUUGUUGCUCAGAAACCAAAGCUUAUUGAAGUUUGAUGUAGCCAGAGUGGUGGUGUAAAGCGCAACCAACCUUUUACUGUGCAGCAAGGUUUUGUCGGGCAGAGGCAAAUUUGUGACCGAACAUAUCAUUCACAAUGCCAUCAUGGAAAUCUGGAACGUGAAUAGACAAUCUUUUACAGUCUGAAAGCAAUUUCCGCACCAUCCUGAUUUUUAAGAUGGUAAUGGUAGAAGCUUUCUAUGUAUAUUUAGAACUUGAGUUGUACAAGGAUAAUGAGCAAUAAAGCAAUGAAUACAUGGAGCUGGAUAUAUAUUAAUUUA